AAUGGCCGGGGAGACUUCCGGUUCUUGCGCUUAGGCACUGCAGCGGGUUUAAGUCUCGUGGCGACCGCAUGCGGUGGUUAGAUUCUGCCGGGGCCUGGAAAUAUCCUCCAUGGGGCUCACCAAGCAGUACUUGCGCUACACGGGCACUGCCCUGUUCGGUGUGGUUGCCAGCCAGAAAGGAAACAUUGCCUAUGUGACUCUGCGGGGCGAGAAAGGCCGUUACGUGGCAGUGCCAGCAUGCGAGCAUGUUUUCAUCUGGGAUACGCGGAAAAAAGAGAAGGUUCUCAUCCUCCAGGGCCUUAAGCCGGAAGUGACUGCUCUUUGCACAUCCCCCGACGGGCUUCAUCUGGCUGUGGGGUAUGAGGACGGCUCCAUUCGCGUGUUCAGUCUCUUAAGUGGCGAGGGCAACGUCACGUUCAACGGGCAUAAAGCUGCUGUUACAGCCCUGAAAUAUGAUGAGCUGGGAGGCAGCCUGGCUUCGGGGUCAAAGGACACGGAUGUCAUUGUUUGGGAUGUGAUCAACGAGAGCGGUUUGUACCGGCUAAAGGGCCACAAGGAUGCUGUUACACAGGUGCUCUUUCUGAAGGAGAAGAAUAUACUGGUUUCCAGUUCAAAAGACACAUUAGUGAAGUGGUGGGACUUGAAUACGCAGCACUGCUUCAAAACACUGGUUGGGCACCGGACUGAGGUGUGGGGACUGGCUUUAGUUGCGGAAGGAAAGCUUCUUCUCACGGGGUCUGCAGACAGCGAACUGAGGGCCUGGAGCAUCAGCCAUUUCCAGGAGGGUCUGGAUUCUGAUGAGCCCCAGUACAAGAGAAGUAAAGGACCUUCAGAGAACUUGGAAGGAUCUUUGGAAGUUGAUAAGGCAGCAGAUCAGGAUGAGACCCAAGAAGAGAGCAUCCUGAGCUGCACAAAAUCUGGCUCCAUUAUGCGGGAAGGAAGGGACCGAGUUGUUUCUCUCGCCACCGAUCGGACAGGGAGGAUUCUUGCUUGCCACGUAAGUCGCCGCCUUUUGGGAACAGACUCUGUCUUGGAAAUGUUCUAUGUCCUUAGCGGAAGGGCCCCGAAGAUCCGUGAGGGAAAAAAUGGAUAAGAAAAGUGAAGAAAGCUGAGGAAAGAAGGGGCCAAACUGGAGGAGGAGGAGGAUGAAGAUGGAGAUGAAGCGGUCCGAAGUUCAGCUUACUGUGGGCAAAGAGAAGUGAUUGUUCGCCUUGUGAAAAUAAAGGCUUCCGCCAAAAUCAAGUCUUUCGACUUGAUACUCAGCCCCAGAGGGGAGCUGAAAGCCGUCCUCAUGCUCCAGAACAACACCGUUGAGUCUUACUCCCUGAACUCAUCAGCACAGUCCUCCCAAGUUAUCCGGACAUCCACCAUAAACAUCGAGGGGCACCGCAGCGAUGUCCGGACACUGGCGUUUAGUUCGGACAACAUUGCCGUUCUUUCUGCAUCUGCUGAGUCAGUUAAGGUUUGGAACAGGUCUACCUUGCAGUGCAUUCGAACCAUGACCUGUGAGUACGCUCUCUGCUCGCUCUUCGUCCCGGGAGACCGACAAGUCAUUGUGGGGACCAAGUCUGGGAAGCUGCAGCUUUUUGACCUGGCUUCGGGGACGUUGUUGGAGACGCUUGAGGCUCACAACGGAGCUCUCUGGUCCAUCUCGCUCUCUUCAGAUCAGCGUGGCUUCGUGACAGGCGGCGCAGAUAAAUGUGUCAAGUUCUGGGGCUUUGAGCUGGUGAAGGAUGAAAACACUCUUCAGAAGAGGCUGUCUGUCAAGCAAACGCGUGUCUUGCAACUGGAUGAAGAUGUCCUCUGUGUCCGGUACAGCCCCAAUCAGAAACUACUAGCUGUUGCUUUGCUGGACUGCACCGUGAAAAUAUUCUACACCGACACACUCAAGUUUUUCCUGUCUUUGUACGGACACAAGUUGCCAGUGUUAUGCAUGGAUAUCUCCUAUGAUGGGGCGUUGAUCGCCACUGGCUCUGCUGACCGAAAUGUGAAGAUCUGGGGCUUGGACUUUGGGGACUGUCACCGGUCCCUCUUCGCUCACGACGACAGUGUGAUGUACCUCCAGUUCGUUCCCAAGUCCCACCUCUUCUUUACAGCGGGAAAGGACCGCAAGAUUAAACAGUGGGAUGCUGAUAAAUUCGAGCACAUCCAGACCCUGGAGGGCCACCACCAGGAAGUGUGGUGUGUGGUGCUCAGCCCCAAUGGGGACUAUGUUGUGUCGUCCUCCCAUGACAAGUCACUGCGCCUCUGGGAAAGGACGAGAGAGCCACUUGUGCUGGAGGAGGAAAGGGAGAUGCAAAGGGAGGCGGAAUACGAAGAGAGUGUCUCCAAGGAAGACCAGCCGGUGGUUGCUGGUGAAACGCAGGGAGAGGCUGGCUUGGCUGGGAAGAAGACUAUUGAAACUGUCAAGGGGGCAGAACGGAUCAUGGAAGCCAUUGAGCUGUACCGAGAGGAGACCACAAAACUGGAGGAGCACAGAGCCAUCUGCAGAGCAGCUGGGAAGGAGGUUCGUCUUCCUAUCAACCCCAUUCUCCUGGCCUAUGGCAGUAUUUCGCCUUCUGCUUACGUCCUGGAAGUUCUCAAGAAGGUGAAGUCCAGGUGAGUGCUCGCUUGUCGCCGUCCAAGGCUUGUGGGU